GAGGACUUAGUCCUGGCACUGCUGGACGUGUUUGCCGACCGCGCCGCCCACCAGCGCGCCGCGCGGGACGCGCUGCUGCGAGACUGCUCCUGCGACUCCGCGCCCGCCGCCGCCGCGGCCGCCGGGGACCUGUCGGGGGCCGGCGGCGCCGCGGAGGCGCGCCUGCGGGCGCUGGCGGCGGUCGAGCGGGCGGCGGCGGUCGACCAGGCGGUGUGCUGCCUCGCAGUCUACGCGGGCGUCAUGACCCCAGCCCAGUUUGCGGCCUACAUGGCGGCCGCGCUGCCAUGGUGCCCCUCUCUCACGGCGUUUGGCGACGCGCUGCGGCAGCUGCGGGCGCGCGCGCAGGCGCCGCCCUCGAGCUGA